AUGGCAAGUGGGAAUCCCUUUUUUGAUGAUUUGAGCUCAAAACCUGAAGUCGUUGAUCCAGCUGACAAUGAAGACACUUUGGAUGUUGGAGAACAUGUCAACAACCCUGCUGAAAGUGCUCUAAAACCAAAUGUUGCUAUAUCAAGUAACGUUCGUGAGCUUCUAGAGUGCCCAGUUUGCUUGAACGCUAUGUAUCCUCCAAUUCAUCAGUGUUCCAAUGGCCACACAUUAUGUUCUGGCUGCAAGCCCAGGGUUCACAACCGCUGCCCAACCUGCAGGCACGAGCUCGGCAACAUCCGAUGCCUGGCACUGGAGAAAGUAGCCGCGUCCCUUGAGCUCCCGUGCAAAUAUCAAAAUUUCGGGUGUCUUGGCAUCUACCCUUACUACAGCAAGCUCAAGCAUGAAUCCCAGUGCAGCUUCAGGCCGUACAACUGCCCUUACGCGGGCUCUGAGUGUUCGGUCUUGGGCGAUAUCCCGUUUCUCGUGAGCCAUUUAAAAGAUGACCACAAAGUCGACAUGCACAGUGGUAGCACCUUCAACCAUAGAUAUGUCAAAUCAAAUCCGCACGAGGUUGAGAAUGCCACGUGGAUGCUCACGGUUUUCAGUUGCUUCGGGCAGUACUUCUGCCUGCAUUUCGAGGCAUUUCAGCUCGGGAUGGCUCCUGUCUACAUAGCCUUCUUACGUUUCAUGGGUGAUGAUGACGAUGCAAAAAAUUACAGCUAUAGCCUCGAGGUUGGGGGCAAUGGGAGGAAAAUGAUAUGGCAAGGCGUGCCCAGAAGCAUCAGGGACAGUCACCGGAAGGUCCGUGACAGUUUUGACGGACUUAUCAUUCAACGUAAUAUGGCUCUCUUUUUCUCAGGUGGAGACAGGAAAGAGUUGAAGCUCAGGGUCACCGGUCGGAUUUGGAAGGAGCAGUAA